AUGGCGGACCCGCUAGCCUUGACUUCUCCUGGAUCUUCGGACACCCCAAUGGAAGGACAUGCCCAACCUGCUACGAUGGCGGCACUUAAUUUUGGCCAUCAUCAGGAUCUUACUUCCCUGGGACAUAUGGAUAGGAAUUUAUUAUUUCCCACUGGUCGGCAUCAAGCCGAUUCUUAUGGACCCGGGCGAAUUGGUAAUCGCCUAGCCUUAUGGUACCAUAGGAAUGAUGGCCCUUGGACGCCUCCUGGUUUGACAUCUCCUCAGGGUGACAUCAGGAAUUCAUCUGUCUUAGGCAACCUGCGAAACAGUCAUCUUAUGUUCUAUAGCCAAUACCGGGAGAGUCCAUCUGAAUGCGAUACAGUCCCGCCAGGAGGAAUACCUUCUGAUUCUGGAUAUGGCGGGAGCUAUGUGGCUAAGCAUAGUGUUGCCAAUGGCUCUGUCUGUGAUGAGCCCAUUGAUCGGAACCCAGAAGGUGAACUGAGCUUUUCAUCUUAUAACCAGGAUAUGAUGUCUAAACUCAACCCAGAGAUUCCUUGGUCCCAGUCUCAGCUACCGUCGACCUCUCCUCAACCGGCCAUUGCCCGCCAGAUCAACCCUGAGGGGAGUAAGAUCUGUGAAACGUGCAAAAAAGAAUUAAAGACGAAGUCUGAAUUCAAGAAACACAAGCAAAGGCAUGAUAAGCCUUUCAAAUGUACUGUGAAGGGCUGUACUCGUAGUGAAGGCUUCAGUACGCCCAACGAUCUUGAUAGACACAAAAGGAGCCUACACCCGGAUGAGCACGCUGAUGGUGACCGUUAUCGAUGCCAAGUUGGCCCUUGCUUUAAUAAGAAUAAGAUCUGGCCUCGAGCUGACAAUUUUCGAGCACACAUGAAACGUGUUCAUCAAAAGGACUCGAUAAAAGACGAAGACUUAGAUCAGUAUAAGUACAGGCCAGAAGCACCAUCUAAGGACGACUCAGACGUAGCUCGUAAUAGCACUGUUUCCGAGUUCGAUAGGUUAAAUAUAUUUCCUGAUGGGGGUGGUAAUCAUGCCUCUGAUAACUGGAAAUUACCCCGGAGCCCAAUUAUCGACUUAUCUGCCGACACGAACCCAGUGGAAGGGCCAAGUCAAAUUCAAAUAGAAGAACCCACCCUGGUAAUUGAACCUAGUGAGAGCCAUUUGGAUGCAUCUAAUAGCACUACCGCACAAGAAGUGCACUUGGAGAGUGAGGAUACUCCAUUUAGCCACCAAACGGAAGCACACAAGCCGCCUUCUCCCCGGUCUAGUCCUUCUCUCGGUGAUUCCGAGCCCACAAACACAGGGCAGUUGAAAGAAGACGGACCCGGCUUUCAUGCUGAAUUUCUAGGUCCUGAAUUGGCUAAUGACACGGGUUCUGCAAGCCACAGUCAGACAGAUAGGCUCGACGAGUCUCGGGAUCGUCCUAGUGGGCUAUCUCUUAGAAACCUUGAGUCUAACAUACAACCAGAAAGACUAAUAAAGGAUAGCGAGAGAGUUCAUCUGUCUCCCGAACCUGAGGAUCAUGAACUGCUAACCCCAGAUCUUAACAACCCUGAAUUUGUAUCGAAGCUUCUUGAGCAGCUCCAAAAUAAGGGCAUGCUUAAAAAGCUUGGAUACAAGAAGGAAGAUCCCCAAGAAGCAGAUAUGACCAAGCUAGAGUCGACCAAUGAUAUUAUCUCCCAGCAGGCCCAUGCUUGCUCCCAAUGCUCGAAACUAUUUGGUCGGCGAUGUGAACUGAAAAAGCACGAAAAGCGGCAUUUAAAGCCAUAUGGCUGUACGUUCCCGGGCUGCAGUAAGAAGUUUGGCAGCAAGAACGACUGGAAGCGUCAUGAGAGCAGUCAGCAUCUUAUGUUGGAGCACUGGAUAUGUGAUGAAAAACAGGCAGACAAGUCUUCCGAAUCCUGUGGAAGGAAUUUCCCACGACGAGAGUUGUUCAAACAACAUCUUAGUGCGCAGCAUCGCAUCAUAGAACAGGAGCUCUUGGACCACAAGCUCGAUACAUGCCGCGUAGGACGAAAUCACGAGACCCGUUUUUGGUGUGGGUUUUGCCGGGAGAUAAUUGAAAUCACGAAAGAGGGUAUAGAAGCUUGGGCUGAACGGUUUAAUCACAUCGACGAUCAUUUUCAGGGUCGCAACAACCGGGCGAAGAGAGAUAUUGGCGACUGGAAAGGCGAUUAUCCUCCUCGCUCUGGGUCUACCAAGCCGCGAGCCAACGAUUCAGUAGAUACCGGUAUCACAUCUUCGGGGCCAGUUUCUUCACCCAACAGUCCCGGUAUACAUAAUAGCAACGGAGUUGAGAAACCACACGCUCGAGUUGCAAAUCAAAAGAGAAAAAGAGGACUUGAGUUGGAAAUGGUGGCUUCCAAGCGUGCCGAGAUAUUGGAGGAAAUAACCACAGUCAUUUGUGUAGGUGAUGUCCCCUCUUCCCUAUAACUAGUGGUCUAAUGCACUUGUAGUGUGAAUGCGGCGAUGCCAUGCCUGUAACAAGCAGGCAGUGUACUAACUAUAAUUGUCAACACAAGUUAUGCGAGAAUUGUGACUCAUGAUGCAGACCUCAUACGGGUUGUAAUA